UCUUUAGAAGUACCUCUCAUAGCACCACUAACAGUCAAGCAGAUCUGAUACUGACAACUCUCUAAUUUUAGAAUAUUCUUUUGCGUAGUCAAUGAGUAUAUUUCGCUGCCAUGGUUAACUAGAGAUUAGAAAUACCGUUUAUGACCGUUUGUAAACAGUCUGCUCAUCAUCGACUGUUACAAUGGCAUAACAACUAUCUAGCCAAGCAUUCAUAAAUUAAUAAAACACUGCGCAACUAUAUUCAAACAUUAAUGGUUCAGUUUUUAAAUGAAGCUGAUCGUGUACUACAAUUCAUACCGGUAUUAUGUGGUAGUGCCUUUGAGGAAAUACAAGCAAUUCGACGUAAAGAUCAUACGGAUUAUGAUUUUCAAUUCGUUAUAACUAAUAAAUAUCAAAAUAUAUCCUUGAAACAAUGGCUGAUAGAGAUACUAAUGUCGCAAACUAGCAUUGAUGUCGUCAGUCUUUCACAUUGGUUAUUGAAAACACAAGUAGGAAAAUAUCUGUGCAGUAGAUUCGCCCAGCAACCUGGUGUAAUGAAAACAGAAAAUAGUGAUACACAUCUAUUUGUUUUUCUCGAUCAAGUCAAACAACCAAUUGGUCAACAGGUAUUUCCACAAUGUUAUGGGCGCUGUGAUUAA